GAUGCAGGCUUCAGCGCUGUGACAUACUGCCGAAAGGUUGUAGGGCAAGAGGGUGUCUCCCCCAAACGGGCCGACCCUCCUGCGGCCUCCACGCAUGGACUAUAAUAGGAUGAACUCCUUCUUAGAGUACCCACUCUGUAACCGGGGACCCAGCGCCUACAGCGCUCACAGCGCCCCUACCUCCUUCCCCCCCAGCUCGGCUCCGGCUGUUGACAGCUACGCAGGCGAGACCCGCUAUGGUGGGGGACUCCCCAGCCCCGCGCUCCAGCAGAACUCAGGCUAUCCCACCCCGCAGCCACCUUCGGCGCUCGGGAUGCCCUUCCCCAGCUCCGCGACCUCGGGGUACGCCCCCGCGGCCUGCAGCCCCAGCUAUGGGCCCUCUCAGUACUAUCCUCUGGGCCAACCCGAAGGAGAUGGAAGCUAUUAUCAUCCUUCGAGCUAUGGGGCCCAGCUAGGGGGCCUGUCCGACGGCUAUGGAAGCGGUGGAGCGGGCCCGGGGCCGUACCCUCCCCCGCAGCCCCCUUUCGGGAAUGAGCAGACGGCGAGCUUUGCAACGGCCUAUGCUGAGCUCCUCUCGGAGGACAAGGAAUCGCCCUGCCCGUCAGAACCCAGCACCCCCACGGCCCGGACCUUCGACUGGAUGAAGGUUAAGAGGAACCCCCCCAAGACAGCCAAGGUGUCCGAGCUGGGCCUGGGCGGGCCCGGCGGCCUCCGCACCAACUUCACCACGCGGCAGCUGACCGAGCUGGAGAAGGAGUUCCACUUCAACAAGUACCUGAGCCGCGCCCGGAGGGUGGAGAUCGCCGCCACCCUGGAGCUCAACGAGACGCAGGUCAAGAUUUGGUUUCAGAACCGGCGCAUGAAGCAGAAGAAGCGCGAGCGGGAGGGAGGCCGGAUGCCCCCAGCCCCUCCAGGCUGUCCCAGAGAGGCGACUGGAGACGCCUCCGACCAGUCGACGUGCACCUCGCCGGAGGCCUCGCCCAGCUCCAUCACCUCCUGAACGAAACCUCCCCAACCGUCAGGGCUCCUCCGCUCUCCCGAACCCAGGCGUCGGGCGACCCUCACCAAGGCUGGGGCGCCAGGUUACAGCUGGGGAGAAUAGGGAAACACUUUCCUCUGGUCUGGGCGGGAUGUUGCUGGCUGGGGACCCUAUAGGACCCGAGACCUGGGAGACGCAACGAUGCGGAACCUGUCAACUCUGGACAGAAAGGCUUCCUUCUCCCUUUCAUCUGGGGAUCAGCACGUGGGUGGGGUAGGAGCAAGCGUCAUCCUCCCGAAUUCUCCUUUCCCUUCCAACUUCCUUGUAUUCAGUUCAGUGCCUUUGAGCCGCGAGGACUCUUCUGCGCUGGGAUCCCAACUCCCUCAUUCUAGGCUGGCACAGAGGGAAGGCCUUGAAGUGUCUCUUGGGGGAGGCUUUUGGGUGUAGGCAUAGGACCGGUGCUUAGUCUCUUCCGUCACCACAGACCUUACAAUAACACCAGCUGCCUUGUGACAGACCAAAAAGCCCCCGCCCCCCAUCUAACCUUAUUAACCCCCUCCUGGCACAUUUGUAUUGCACUAAUGCAGCCUCCAGAGGUUGUUUUCUGAGACCUGCCUCCUCCCACCAGCGACCUCAUCUCUAAGCCACCAAAGUGUUUUGGAACUUGGUACUCUGGAGUCUUCUGGAACGUUGUUGUUCGAGGCCUGCCCCCAGCAAGCCUCUACCAGGAAGGCGCAGGCACGCCCCUGCUAGUUCCUCCCCUAUUUAUUGCCUCCUGGAAAACCCAGGACCCUCCUCCCCAUCUCCACCUCUACCCCUGAGGCAGCCUGGGGAGGCCCAGGUGCAGUGAGAGCUCCUAGCAGCAGCAAGCCUUUCUCUGGACCUUGGAAACAGUGGAGGCAUCACCUGAGUUUCUGGAAACCUGAGCCCCAAGCAAACUGGGUUCUCUCUGUACCUCCAGCUACCUCAUUUCAAUAAAGUCUGUGUUUUCCCCUC